AUGGAGUACUUUGAUGCAAGGUGGAAGCCUCAUAAUGUUGGGAAAAUCAUUGCAGCCCUGGUCCUCACAACACUCUGUAUAUUUGUUCUGAAGCAAUCUCAUGGUUUUGGUGGCAAUAGCGUGUUUUCUCGCCAUGAACCUGGGGUUACCCAUGUCUUAGUUAUAGGAGGAGCUGGUUAUAUUGGUUCACAUGCCGCUUUAAGGCUCUUAAAGGAUAACUAUCGAGUUACCAUUGUGGAUAAUCUAUCUAGAGGAAACAUGGGAGCAGUAAAGGUCAACAAGAUAUUUGCUGAAAAUGCAUUUGAUCUUGUGAUGCACUUUGCAGCUAUUGCUUAUGUGGGAGAGAGCACAUUGGAACACCUUAGAGUUGUAGAAGUUGAACCCCUUGUGAUAGUUGUCUAUAUACUGGACCAAGUUUGUGCACUAGAAAAUAAGAUGGUUCUUCGUUUAAAGAAACAAGGGCUUGACUGUCUAUAUAACAUGUUGAUGAAGAAAUCUGCUGCAAUCAUGCUUAGUGGAAAGAAGCCUGUCCAGGCCGCGGUUACUUUGGUUGGAUUUGAAGAUGUGCUUGAAAAUUAUGAGAAAUCAAUACAGAAUGCAAUUGCUGACCAGCUCAGUUGCUUGCUGUCUCUGUAG